AUCGAAUCCGCCCAAUAUCUUUGAUAUCGUGCGCUCUGGCGCUCCAAAAAACAUAUCCAAACCAGUUGGACUUUAUGAAGGAUCUCCAUUGAUUGGUUUACUGAUUUUUCUCACUAAAGUAUUCAUUUGUUUGGGCUACUUACUAGGCGACUGCCUGGUAAAACACGAGGCAGGUUUGGAUCUCCCACUUGUUUACAGCAGCAGAGAAAGUCAGUAUUUUGUCGCAGCCACAGAGAAUGUGAAGCUGUUGCCAUGUCGAUAUCCUCUCUAGAAGUGUUCUCUACGGAACCUUUCCUCAUUGGAAUGUUCACAGCAGAAGGUUCCUCCUCUGGACAUUACACAGAAUCCCACUCGGAGGAAUACCUCAUCGCCGUGGGCGACAACAAUGUCACAUGGCCAGUCUGCACCUAUAAGGAGGAUUUUAAACGCUUCCUACUUCCUGCCGUCUACAGUGUGGUCUUCCUGAUUGGUCUGCCUCUGAAUGGGGCGGUCAUCUUGAAGAUCUGGAGGUCACGACCCAACCUGACCCGGAGCAACGUCUACAUGCUCAAUCUGGCCACGGCUGACUUCCUGUAUGUGAUGUCAUUACCUCUGCUCAUCUACAACUACGCCAGUCAUGACUACUGGCCUUUUGGAGAGCUGGCCUGCAAACUGGUCCGCUUUCAGUUCUACAGUAACCUGCAUGGCAGUAUCCUGUUCCUGACCUGUAUCAGCCUCCAGCGCUACGUGGGCAUCUGCCAGCCUAUGGCCGGCUGGCACAAGCAGGGGGGUCGCAGGCUGGCACGGGUGGUCUGUGGGGGUGUGUGGCUGGUGGUCGCCCUCCUCUGUGCCCCCACUUUCCACUACGCCGCCACAGGAACACAACGCAACCGCACCGUCUGUUACGACCUGAGUCGACCGGAGCACUCGGCUGACUACUACCCCUAUGGGAUGGCUCUGACCUGCCUGGGCUUCCUGUUGCCUUUUAUGGGUGUGGUGGCGUGCUACUGUCGCAUGGGUCGCCUCCUCUGCCGCUCGCCAUCUUAUCAGGGUGCUACCAUGGCAGCCUCAAAGGAGAAACGGGACAAGGCGGUGAAGAUGAUAAUCAUCGUGGUGACGGUGUUCGCUGUGAGCUUCCUGCCGUUCCACCUUACUAAGACCAUGUACCUGUUGGUACGAACCUUACCAGGUGCUCCGUGUGAGACACGGAACCUGUUCUCAGUGAUCUACAAGUGCACCAGGCCGUUCGCCAGCAUGAACAGCGUUCUAGAUCCUAUACUGUUCUACUUCACACAGCCACGGUUCCGCAGGAGCACCAGAAUACUGAUCACCAAGAUCACCACUCUCAGAGACAGGGAACCAAGGUGUGAGGAAGUGAAAACCCCUAGAUUAUUUAGAUCCCAUGUUUAAUCAAGGGUAAACUCGCUUUGAGACAAAGGGACCAAGGAGUAUAUAAAACAACCAUAGUCCACAGUUGUAUUACACCUAGAUACAUGGGUUCUGGGUAGCUAGAACCAAUCCAGAACCCUCAUUGACUUCUGCACUGCCAGCAUGGCAACAAGUCAGUGUGUUUGCUACUGUGUCUGCUUGUGACUGUAUACUAAAAUGCAUGAAGUAGUCAGACAUAACACUGCUUUUGGUUGCCAUAGUAUUAUGUAAUGUAUCCUGUAUGUCCAAGCACACUGCUAGUUGUUUUCUAUAUGAGCCACUAGGUGGUGUGUAUUACCUACAUAUCCCAUGGCCUUAUUUAUUUUUAUUUAACCUUUAUUUAACUAGGCAAGUCAGUUAAGAACAAAUAGUUAUUUACAUGGCCUACCAAAAGGCAAACGGCCUCCUGCGGGGACGGGGCCUGGGAUUAAAAAUAAAAAAAAGAAUAUAAAAAUAUAGGGCAAAACACACAUGACAAGAGAAACAACACAACACUAUUUAAAGAGAGACCUAAGACAACAUAGCAUAGCAGCAACACAUGACAACACAGCAUGGUAGCAAAUGAUCCUUUAGUGGGAUAAUCCACCCCAAACCACUAAUUCCUAUUAUUAACAGUGUUAAAAAACACAUGUUAAAACAAUAUUUGUGAACACGUUUCAUUUUGUCAUUAUAACAAGGUUGGUAGCAACAUUUGAAAAUCAUUGUGGAAAUCUGUUGCAGCUCAAGUCAACUAACGUUACAAAACCCACAAUGCGAUGCUCUCUUUCUGGGCUGGCUGGAUAUCUGGAAAACGUAGCUACACACAAUAGCCAAAUCAAUAUCAGCAUGCAAAAUAGCUAGCUAGCUUUAAAAAUCACCUAAACUGCAUUAUCAAUUUAGGAGGCUCUCUCACCAAGCGAGAGCACGUUGCUAUGGCAACGUAUACUUUUUCCCACGUUUCCCACAGACACACAGGGCGCAUUGCCAUAUGGUACUUGACGGAGAAAACACACUAUAUACAGUGACGAGAACCAUGUAGCUAUGACGUGUUCCUACAUGAUUUCCUGGUUUCGCAGACGUACCACUUAAUAUUUAAAUCAUGAGGAAAACAUUUUUUUUACCCACUAAUGAAACAGUUUCAUUUCUCGGGGUGAAUUAUCCCUUUUACAGUUUCUCAAUUGCUUAGACACAAUUCCUGGAACAACUCACCAUUUUCUCAAAUCUUCAUAUACAAUUUUAAAAACUCACACCCAAUGGUACAAACAUCUAACUUCUGGGUCCCAAAUCAAACUUUGCCCUCAGACAACACACACAAGCUGUCAAAAACACAGACUACAUGACUGUUUGUUCCACACUGGAGGGAUUUAUUCAAAACACUGCUACCAAAAUGUUCAGAAUAGGUUUCAGAUAAAUUAUUUUGAACUUUGUAAAAUCACAGCACUGACUAUCCAGAUAAUCCUGUCAGGAACACCCUGGCGAGAGAACUUAAACAGUACUGUAAUAAAUACCUCGUACAUUAGUGGAUAAGGGAAUACUACUGUAUAUGCUGUUUUGGUCAAAAACCUGACCUUUGAAAUGUCACACUGACAAAACAUGUAAGGAAGAGUCCAUAAAAUACCCAAUUUACAAAAGCUUUAUUUCCAAAUGUAGCAAAUGUACAGGUUACUCAGCAUCAGCGUUCUCAUCAUCUCGUCUCAGGUCUGGGUCAGGCCAUAAUAUCUCAUCAACGUCACACAUUAUGUUUGCUUUUGCCAGGCAGCGUGGGAAAAAUGCCCUUGUGUGCCUGAGAAAACCCUGGAUAGACUCCACAGAGACAUCACCACAGGUGUCCACCAUUGCCUCCAGGAGGUGUUGCUGUGCGUAGGGGUUGCAGUCAUACACUCUCCACUGCCAUGCUGAGAAUAAUUCCUCAAUCGGAUUCAGAAAUGGGGAAUAUGCUGGCAAAAAGAGAACGGUGAACCUGGGGUGGUCAUUGAACCAGGCGCGAACCAGAGCAGCUCGAUGCAAACUCACGUUAUCCCAAAUGACAACAUAUUGGACUUGCUCUAGUUGCCCUGCUCCCCUUCCUGUUGAAGAUUGUUAUUGUGCAGCUGAUCUAGAAAUUGAUGGAGUUGUUGUAUGGACCCACUUUGACAUGGCGGUGUAGGACGCCACGAUUGCUGAUGGCUGCACAUAGGGUGACGUUGUCUCCCCUCUGGCCAGGAACUUGUAUGAUGGCACGGUGACCAAUGAUGUUUGCGCCCCCUUUUGCGCCUUUUUGUUACGUUGAACCCUGCCUCACCGAUGAAGAUGUAAUCCUAUAGGUCAGCCAUGGCAUCCAGCUCAAAGGUUCUCUACAAAAGUCAAAACACACAUUUUACUCUACUACAAAUACACUACUGUAGUGUACUACUGUACUGGAAUGGAAGAUUGUGUACUGCAUUUACUGUAACACAAUACAGUACAUACUGUAAAAAUUCUGUACAGUAUAGCAAUUACCUGAACAUAUUGGAAUCAUUGCUCCUUAACUCUGUUUGAAUUCCUUUCAAAAGGCACACGGUACAGCUGCCAUCAAACGGAUGGCAUUAUUGGCAAUCACCAUAUUCACCAGGGCAGUCUCCUGCUCAGCUGUGAGAAGUCUCCACCUAACCUCCAUAUUCUCCAGGGCAGUCUCCUGCUCAGCUGUGAGAAGUCUCCACCUAACCUCCAUAUUCUCCAGGGCAGUCUCCUGCUCAGCUGUGAGAAGUCUCCACCUAACCUCCAUAUUCUCCAGGGCAGUCUCCUGCUCAGCUGUGAGAAGUCUCCACCUAACCUCCAUAUUCUCCAGGGCAGUCUCCUGCUCAGCUGUGAGAAGUCUCCACCUAACCUCCAUAUUCUCCAGGGCAGUCUCCUGCUCAGCUGUGAGAAGUCUCCACCUAACCUCCAUAUUCUCCAGGGCAGUCUCCUGCUCAGCUGUGAGAAGUCUCCACCUAACCUCCAUAUUCUCCAGGGCAGUCUCCUGCUCAGCUGUGAGAAGUCUCCACCUAACCUCCAUAUUCUCCAGGGCAGUCUCCUGCUCAGCUGUGAGAAGUCUCCACCUAACCUCCAUAUUCUCCAGGGCAGUCUCCUGCUCAGCUGUGAGAAGUCUCCGCCUACCUCCAAUAGAUGGCCGCCUCUCAGUUCUGCAAAAAUGGAAUUUGACCAUUACUGACCUAUGGUCAUCCAUUACAACAUUACAUGUAUCACAGUAACAACAAGGCAAAUGAGCUGUUUUCCCUUCUGAAAGUACAGACAAUGGAUGCAACCGUGUAACAGCUUAGGUUGGGCUGCACUAGCUGUCCAGCUUCUCAUAGUCCUCCCAUGUAUGAGCACAUGAUGAACUAGUGUGACACGGAUUUCAUCUGAGAUUACCUGUCUUUGUUGUUGUCGUUGUCGUCCUCUUCCUCUCUGUUGUCUUGCAACUUCAGCAUUGUUAGGAUCCAUUGUUCCAAAGCACAUGGACAUGCCUCUACGCCCCAUUUAUUGAUCCUGCAAUUCUGAUUGGUGUGUUAACAAUUUUGAGGCUUAAUGUUUGCACGUGGAGAAAGGUGUGCUCUUUGAGUUUAGGUUGUGAUGACUUGAGUUAAUUAUAUUGAGAGCAUGUUUGCUGAAUGAAUAUAUAGUGCAAUGAAUGAUUUAUUUGGCCACUUUUGUGAAGGUUUUGCAGAAAGAGUUUUGAAUAUGGAAACGUGUGGAAACGGGUGAAUAGUGUUUACGGUUAUGGGAAAUGUGCGUUUUGGGGAAUGACGUAAGGGUAUGGGUUUUUGUGCUACAGGAACCAGUUUUUGUGUUUAAGCAAUCGAGAAAAACUGUCAAUUGACUUGUGUCUCUUUCGGCUGUGGUGUGCUAUUUCCUGUGUGUACUGUACCUUUUCUAUCUAAUAGGUAUUUAGACAUUUUAAAACUGAGAAUGUCAGAGACAAACAUUUCAUGUCUUGAAAUAAGCACUUAUAUGGACGACAAAAUGUGUCCCUGACAUGUAGAUUGAUACUGAUGCUUUGUGAUCUAAUGCACUAGUCAAUAUGAUGUGAAUAUUAUUAUUUUGCCAUUACAAAAUAAGGUAUAGUUGUAUUUUUUUGGUUUGUUUGUUUUUUUCCCCCCUAAACCACGUCCUUGUAAGUACAUAAGUCUCCAAGAGAAUAUCACAGGACUAGUUCCUCAAACCAAACCUAUCGGCCUGGAUUUACAGAUCUGCUGUUGUCCCUAUGUGUAUCAGCUGCAGACAAUUGGAUUGCUCAAUAACACUAAUUAUUGGCUUGUUUUGGUCAAAUGUGUGUGACAUCUGAUGUUUUUGUUCCCAAAUCUGCCGGGAAUGUGGUGUGUGUGUGUGUGUGUGUGUGUGUGUGUGUGUGUGUGUGUGUGUGUGUGUGUGUGUGUGUGUGUGUGUGUGUGUGCGCCUGUGUGUGUGUGUGUGUGCGCCUGAGUGUGUGUAUGUUUGUUUAACCUCUGCCUUAGCUUAAGGUCCUUAAUGAAGUGAUAACAUGAAGGUUAAUAUGUGGGCAUGUCUGAUAGGAGUCAACAUGCAGUGAGCUCCAGAAGUAUUGGGACACUGGCAAUGUUGCUGUUGUUGUUUUGGCUCUGUUCUCCACCACUUUGAAUUUGAAAUUAUACAAUGACUACGAGAUUAGAGUGAAGACUGACAGCUUUCAUUUCAGGUUAUUUUAAUCCGUAUCGGGUUAAAGCAGCACCUUAUCUGCAAGCAGCACCUUAUCACUUGUUUAGAAAUUCCAGCACUUUUUGUACAUAGUCCCCCAUUUUAGAGAACCAAAAGUAUUGGGACAAAUUCACUUAAAUGUGUAUUAAAGUAGUCCUAACGUUUAGUAUUUGGUCCCAUAUACCUAGUACGCAAUGAUUACAUGUAGCUUGUGACUCUACAAACUUGUUGGAUUCAUUUUCUGUUUGUUUUUGUUGUGUUUCAGAUUAUUUUGUGCCCAAUAUGAAUUAAUGGUAAAUAAUGUAUUCAUUCAGAACCAAAAAUGUACCUGAUUAAUGUAGACGUGUUUAGAAAGAUAUUAUAUUCUUAUUUACAAUAAAAGUGACUCCAAAAUGA